AUGUCGAUUAAUAUUACUCUUCCAUCGGUCGAAGAAGUUAAUGAAUGGUGGCCGACUGAUGUUGCUUCUUUUUUGGGAACUAAUCGAAAAAAGCUAUUUCUCGAAGAUGAUGACAUUAAAACACUUAAAGAUAACCGUGUUUCCGGCCCAGCCUUCCUUAAGCUAACUCUAGAAAAGCUUCUAGCCUCCCCUUAUGAACUUCCUG